AUGAACAAAUUUUGUGAUUAUAAGUCUUGCCAGUUCAAUGUUAAACAGCCUACAAUUGAACAAAGAUCAAAACUAACAAAAGUUAUGUGUCCUCUUUGUAUGGCUUCUAAUUAUUGUAGUAUUAGAUGCAGAGAUCUUGAUUGGUAGUAUUUAAUAUUUAUACAUAAGGCCAAUCUAUCAUAAAGGGAUUUGUAAGAAAAACUAACCUGAUCGAGCCAAAUCAUGUAAUGAUACUAUGGAUUCUUCAUCUAGUGUAAGUACUAGAAGGAAACCUGAAGAAUUCGAAAUAAUAACAAUAGGAUCUAAAUAAGAAUUGGGAAGAGGGUCUUAUGGAUCAGUAAAACUUGUUAAAGAUAAAUCAAAUGGACAAUUAUAUGCAAUGAAAAUAGUAAUAAUAUUGUUUAAUAUUUGAUUAGAUGAACAAAAGGCAAGUAUUUGAAUAUUGUUCAGUGGAAAAUCUAAAAAGAGAAAUAAAGAUACAAAGGAAACUAUUUCAUUCUAACAUUUGCAAACUGUAUCAUUAUUUUGAAGAUAAAGAAAAUGUAUAUUUGGUUUUGGAAUAUGCUGGUAUUUAUGAAAUUUGGAUUAGAAAAUGGAUCUCUAUUUCAUUAUAUAAAAAAGAGAAUAAAGUUACCUGAGAAUGAGGCAUUCGUAUAUUUUUUUUAAACUUGUUUAGGAAUAGACUAUUUACAUAAGAAUAGAGUGAUUCAUAGAGAUUUAAAAGUAAUUAAUAAAAUAAAAAAUAUAUAGCCAGAGAAUUUAUUGUUAGAUCAUGAAGGUAAUAUAAAAAUUUGUGAUUUUGGUUGGAGUGCUGAGAGUUUGACAGAGAAACGAAUGACAUUUUGUGGUACAUAUGAAUAUAUGGUAAAUAUAAUAAAUAAUAUAUAUAAAUAGGCACCUGAAAUGUUAAAUAAAUAACCGCAUGAUUUUAGUCUUGAUGUUUGGAGUUUAGGUAUAUUAUUAUAUGAACUCUUACAUGGGAAUGCUCCAUUUAGAGGAAAGAAUAAUGAAGAAUUAUGUAAUAAAAUUAAAUCAGGAUAACCAAUUAAUUUUGCACCUACACUAUCUCAUGAAGUUAUAACACUUAUCAAAGGAAUUUUAAAAUAUAUUCCAUCUGAAAGAUUAACUAUGGAUUAAAUCUUUGAACAUCCAUGGAUGAUUAAACAUGCUGCCUCAUUUAAUAUUGACAUUUAUACUUUUGUUUACAAACCUUAAUUCCCUACUAGAUAAAUUCCAUCAAUCAAUUUUAAAACUACAACUAAACCUAUCGAUAUAUAAAAAAAAGAAUCUACACUUAGACCAUUGUCUUCAGAUUAUACCAAAUUUAAAACUUAAGAAUAAUCAUCCAAUUAUAAACAUUAUUCAGAAGAUAAUUAAAUUAGAUAAGAUGAAUUUAAUAAACCUAGAAUCAGUAGAAUCUCUAAUAAAAAUGAAAUCUUAUUGCAUUAACAUCAAUUGUAAUAACAAUAAUAAGAAUAAAAAUUGGGUUUUAUGGAUAGAGUCUUUUUGGCAUUUGGAUGUCUAAAUAGAGAUAAAAAGUGA